GCUGCUGCUGCUGCUGCUGCUCUUGCACCGACCAUGGAGAUUUCAUUUGCGGGUAAACGAGCUCUGGUCACCGGAGCAGGAAAAGGGAUUGGCAGAGCCACAGCUCUGGCCCUGGCACGCUGUGGGGCAGAGGUCACGGCGGUCACACGCACACAGGCUGACCUGAGCAGUCUAAUGGAGGAGUGUGCAUCCAUCACCCCGGUGUGUGUGGACCUGGCAGACUGGGGGGCCACAGAGGCAGCCCUGCAGGGCGUCGGCCCCAUCGAUCUGUUGGUGAAUAAUGCCGCCUGUGCCAGCCUGCAGCCGUUUCUGGAGGUCACACCCGACCAGUUCGACCAGUCAUUCAAUGUGAAUGUGAAAGCUGUGCUGCAUGUGUCCCAGAUAGUGGCUCGUGGUAUGAAGGCCAGAGGAUCAGGAGGCUCCAUUGUCAACGUGUCCAGCCAGGCCUCACAGUGUGCCCUGAGAGACCAUGCUGUCUACUGCGCCACUAAAGCAGCCCUGGAUAUGCUGACUAAAGUGAUGUCUCUGGAGCUCGGACCCCACCAGAUCCGUGUGAACAGUGUGAACCCCACAGUGGUGAUGACUGAGAUGGGUCGUGUGGGUUGGAGCGACCCCAUAAAAGCCAAGAUCAUGACAUCCCGCAUCCCCCUGGGCCGCUUCGCAGUGAAGUGUAGAAAGUUCAUGGACAGUGUUGGACUCCACCGAGGCUGAGGCUCAUCAUCAGUUCAUGGUUUUCACAGUCAGCAUCUUGAGGUAGGUGGAGGACGUGGUCAACAGUAUUUUAUUCCUGCUGAGCGAUAAGAGCAACAUGACGAAUGGAGUCACUCUGCCGGUGGACGGG